AUGCUAAGCUUUUUCAAAAUUCCUCUUUAUAUUAUUUUUUACUGGUAUCAAAAAAUAGCAGAAAAUGGUAAUGAAAAUGCAAUGAAUAAUUUAGCUAAAUGUUAUUACAAUGGAGAUGGAACAGAAAAAAAUUUAGAAAAAGCCUUUCACUGGUUUCAAAAAUCAGCAGAAAAUGGUAAUAAAGAUGCAAUGAAUAAUUUAGCCAUUUGUUAUGAAAAUGGAGAAGGAACAGAAAAGAAUUUAGAAAAAGCCUUUCACUGGCAUCAAAAAGCAGCAGAAAAUGGUAAUGAAGUUGCAGUAGCAGCAGAAAAUGGUGAUAACAAUGCAAUGAAUAAUUUAGCCAUUUUUUAUGAAAAUGGAGAAGGAAUUGAAAAAAAUUUAGAAAAAGCCUUUCACUGGUAUCAAAAAGCAGCAGAAAAUGCAGCAGAAAAUGGUAAUGAAGAAGCAAUGAAUAGUUUAGCCAUUUAUUAUUAUAAUGGACAAGAAACAGAAAAAAAUUUAGAAAAAGCCUUUUACUGGUUUCAAAAAGCAGCAGAAAAUGAUAAUGAAGCAACAAUGUUUUUUUUAGCCAAUUGUUAUAAAAUUGGAGAAGGAAUAGAAAAGAAUUUAGAAAAAGCCUUUUACUGGUAUCAAAAAGCAGCAGAAUAUAGUAAUGAAGUUGCAAUGUUACAUUUAGCCAAAUGUUAUUAUGAUGGAGAAGGAAUAGAAAAGAAUUUAGAAGAAGCCUUUUACUGGUAUCAAAAAGCAGCAGAAAAUGAUCAUAUUGGAGCAAUGAGUUAUUUAGCCAUUUGUUAUAACAAUGGAGAAGGAACAGAAAAAAAUGAAGAGAAAGCCUUUUACUGGUUUCAAAGAGCAGCAGAAAAUGAAGGAACAGAAAUGAAUUUAGAAAAAGCCUUUUACUGGUUUCAGAAAGCAGCAGAAAAUGGUAAUAAAGAAGCAAUAAGAAGUUUAGCCAUUUGUUAUACAAAUGGAGAAGGAGCAGAAAAGAAUUUAGAAAAAGUCUUUUAUUUUCUUCAAGAACUAGUAGAAAAAAAUUAUGUUGAAGCAAUGUAUAAUUUAGCCAUUUGUUAUUAUAAUGGAAGGGGAACAGAAAAGAAUUUAGAAAAAGCCUUUUACUGGUUCCUAAAAGCAAUAGAAAAUGGUAAUGAAGAAGCAAUAAGAGGUUUAGCCUUUUGUUAUAAAAAUGGAGAAGGGACAGAAAAGAAUUUAGAAAAAGCCUUUUACUGGUUUCAAAAAGCAGCAGAAAAUGGUGAUGAAAAGGCAAUGUAUAUUUUAGCCAAAUGUUAUUACAAUGGAGAAGGAAUAGAAAAGGAUUUUGAAAAAGCCUUUUAUUGGUAUCAAAAAGCAUCAGAAAAUGGUAAUGAAAAUGCAAUGAAUAAUUUAGCCAAUUGUUAUGAAAGUGGAGAAGGAGUUGAAAAGAAUUUAGAAAAGGCUUUUUAUUGGUAUCAAAAAGCAGUAGAAAAUGGUGAUAAAGAAGCAAUGAAUAAUUUAGUCAUGAAUUAUAAAAAUGGAGAAGGAAUAGAAAAGAAUUUAGAAAAAGCCUUUUAUUGGUACCAAAAAAUGGCAGAAAGUAAUAAAGAAAGUACUGGUAAAAAUGAGUUAUGUAAUGAAUGUAAACAACCAUAUAUUGAUUACCAAUGGUGCCAACAAUGUAAUUCUAAACGAUUUCAACAAGAUUUUUUAAAAUGGACUAGUAAGAAUAAGUUUGUUGAUGAAUUUAUUAAAGAAGCACAACUAAAUGCUAAAAAUUGUUAUGAAGUUUUAGAAUGGAUACCUUAUAAUAAAUUAUCAAGUAUUAAUUAUCAUGAUAAAGGAGGAUUUAGUGAAAUCAAUAAAGCUAUCUGGUCAGACGGACCAAUUGAUAGUUGGGAUUUUGAUAAACAACAAUGGAAUAGAUGGAGCUUUCAAACUGGCUAUGAAGUUAUUCUUAAAAUACUUAAUAAUUCAUCAAGUUUAAAUAGUAAAUUUCUGGAUGAGUGGAAAUAUCAUUAUAAUUGUCAAAAAAAAUCAUUUUCAAAAUUUAUUCAAUUCUUUGGAAUUACCCAAGAUCCAUAUAAUUUAAACUAUAUAAUAGUAAUGAGUUAUGCAAAAAAAGGAAAUAUAAGAAAAUGUUUACCUAAUAUAAUUAAAUUUAAGUGGCAAGAUAGGUUACAAUUAUUGAAAAAUAUUAUAUUGGGACUUAAAGUAAUUCAUGAAUCAAGUUUAACUCAUGGUGAUUUUCAUGAUGGUAAUAUUUUAGUAUCAGAUGAUUAUAAUGAGAUAUUUAUUAUUGAUUUAGGGUUAUGUAAACCUAUAAAUGAUUUACAAAAUUCUGAUAAAAUUGAUAAUGAAAUUUAUGGAGUUUUACCUUAUAUGGCACCCGAAAUAAUAAGAAAAGAACCUUAUACUCCAGCAAGUGAUAUUUAUAGUUUUUCAAUGAUAAUGUGGGAAUUUACAUCAGGUAUUCCCCCAUUUGAUCAUGAAGCACAUGAUCUUGAACUUAGUUUAAGUAUUUGUGAAGGUGAGCGUCCUAAAAUUAAUAAAAAUACUCCACAAUGUUAUGUAGAUUUGAUGACAAAAUGUUGGGAUUCAAAUCCUUCCAAUAGACCAACCAUAACAGAGCUUGAAUAUAAAAUUUCUGAAUGGAUUAAAUGUAUUGACGAAUAUUAUAGAACAAAUAGAGAUGGAGAUUAUAGAAGAAAUGUACCUAAUAUUGAUAGCAAAUUUAGAAGUGAUAUGUCUGAAUUUGUAAAAGUAAGCGAUAAUUCAGUACAAGAACAAACUAAUAUUUCUAUUGUACAAUCUCAUCCACAAGCAUAUUAUACAAGUCGCAACCUUACUGAAAUUUUAUUUAAAGAUGACUCAGAGCAUUUGGAUUAUAUAAAUAAAUGGAAUAAAUGA